UUCAGUCACUGACACUUUUGUUUGGACCACGUCCUCUUGUAAAAAAGUAAGGUUAAUAGCCCAACUGUCAAGGAGGGUCUCUGCGUCUCUGCACAGAUAUUUCAUCAUCAAAGUCGGAAGCUGUCCCGAGCCUUUGGGACCGUCUUCCAAAUGCGUGCAUUUUACACGAGACGCCUGGCUUAAGAAGAUUCUCUCAGCAACUUUGGAAGGCGGGCUACGGUCGCACGGAUGAACGGUUAAUUACAGCAAUGGUGCACCUCCCAGUGCGAAUCUACAAACCCGCAAAAGUGGAUGUAUCUAUAAGCCAUAUUCAGGAAAAAACAGCGAUUUAAGGGAAGACGUCAAAGAUGAAAAACCUGUUCACGACCCUGCUCCUUCUGUGCCUUCACCCGGUCACAGAGAACAAAGUGCAGAUCCCCACCACAGAGCUGCUGGACUGGGGGGAAGGCGAUAAUGAUGAGAGCAUCUCUGCCGACGUGGCCAGCCCUCGGAUUGUCAACCCCCUGCGUCUGUUUGCCAGGGGGUCCGCCGGGCUCCGGCAGAACAUGAGGGAGAUGACAUACUUAGAAAACAUGGAGGACCUCUGGGACUGGUUAUCUAAUAAGACAGAUGUGCAGCAAACGCGCCCGAGAACUAAACGCAGGCCCAUAGUGAAGACGGGGAAGUUCAAAAAAAUGUUCGGUUGGGGCGACUUCCACUCCAACAUCAAGACGGUGAAGCUCAACCUCCUCAUCACGGGCAAGAUCGUGGACCACGGCAACGGCACCUUCAGCGUCUACUUCCGGCACAACUCCACCGGCAACGGCAAUGUCUCCGUGAGCCUGGUGCCCCCCUCCAAGGUGGUGGAGUUCGAGAGUGCCCAGCAGUCAACCCUGGAGACCAAGGACUCCAAGGCGUUCAACUGCCGCAUCGAGUACGAGAUGUCGGACCGGGCCAAGAAGACAACCCUCUGCAGUUACGACCCUCCCAGGACGUGUUACCAGGAACAGACCCAGAGCCACGUCUCCUGGCUGUGCUCCAAGCCAUUCAAAGUUAUAUGCAUCUACAUCGCCUUCCACAGUGUUGACUACAAACUGGUGCAGAAAGUCUGCCCCGACUACAAUUACCAUAGCGAUACUCCCUACUUCUCCACUGGAUGACCUCACAGUUGCAUGUUCAUGGGUCCCUGGAAGUUCUGAUGACGACAAAGACCUUUGUUGAUCCCUCCUGUGAUCCUGCUAUACCAUUAUCACAGUAUGUCCUCUCUACUUUAGAAGUCAUUUUAAAGCUUUUUUCCAGAUGCUGGGUACCAGGAAAUGGCUACUGAUGAAUUUCAGCUUCUGUGUCAGCGGACCUGCAAGACAAUUUUAAUGUUAACAAGCAACUUUAUCUGUAGCUAAUUAAUGGAGGUAUCCAAGUUUCCCUUAAUGCGUAAGAGAAUAAAGCAAGACAAGUUUUGCCUGAGGAUGUGUUCUCGUGUUCACCUAGAAUUGGAAGGGAAAGGUAAUUAUUCUUGUGUCUUCACAUUCUGUGGCAUAUGCGAAUGUCAGACCCCAGGUUCAUGACAGGGGGGAAAUGGAGCACAAGAUUUCACUUCAAAAGGUGGCUUUCCGUUUGAACCUUGGGCUCUGUCCCCCGUGAUGGAAAAGCUCCCCCUUGUGCACCAAUCAGCAGCAUUGACACGCGUAGUCAGGUACAAGGAAGCGACCCUGUCACUGAGAGAGGAGUAAGCCUUUCCUUCCUUUUAGAGGUGCAGUGCUUAAUUACAUCAUAACGCUAGUUAUAUUCAUGUUCAAAGAAAAUAAUAAUAAAAAAAACAUUUCCAAACAUGCAUUUGGACCUUGACACAGAUAAUCUUCAGGCAGACACUGUAGUAUGACGAAGUUAUGUUAUGGAGUGCACACUAACUACAUAUGAAGCUGGGUUUGCUUUCUUGGAUCAUGUGAUGUAAGCAUCACUUCAUAUCCAUUGUUAUGUUCAGAAUCAGAGGAUGGUGUUGAAUUUUAUGUGAACACCCUAUUAGAAAGAAAAAUUUUUUUGUAGAUACAAUGUACUGAUAUAGCUUUUUCGGAUGUACCAGAAGGCUUGUAUGUGGGCAAGUGUCAUUGCUUUAAGACGUAUUUUGUUCAUAUUUUGUUUAUAUUUUUGGAAUAGACACCCUACGUUCAUUGGAUUUCACUCACACUUUAUUGACAAGAUACAUGUAAUGUCUAUAUUUCCAAUGUUAUUAUGUUAGUUUAAUGUAGCCAACUUGAAUUUCUCCUUAAACUAAAUUGAAAAAAAGAUUAUUCAUAAUCUGCAUUUUUAGAAGUUGCAUUUUAGUUUGAAUGGAUCUCAGCUUCAACAGCACAUGAUUUCCAGUAUAAACUUCCACAUGGAAACCAAAACCCUUGACAUGGCUGUUUCUAGCUGGUUGGCAAAUCUAUGUACAGUUCCUGGCCUGAAGGCUUCAGAUUUACAUACAAUCACUGACGUGUGGCCUCGGAGGUCAAAACAGAGCAGGUGUGAAAUUUCAAUCUGUCCUGUGACAGCAUCGAAAUUGCUCACUUUAGUAGGGGCAGUGGGAUAGAUUUGAUGGAGAUCCACAUCUUACCAACCACCAAACUCGGCCACUUCAGUUUUGUGAUCCAUGCAAAAAUGCAUGGCCGUGGUUACCCGAGUUAAAGACCUGAAUUAAAGUGUUUGCUUGGUGGUAGAUAUGUACUACGAUUUGCUUCAAUGAAGGGUCAAAAAUACAUACAUGCACAUAUCCUAAAAGAGACUAAAGUGUGUAUUGUAUCCUAUCAUAUCCUCAUUGGCAGUGCUAACCGUAUGCAUUAUGUAAAUAUACCUUUUUUGUCAUUUGCCUCCCCCAGCUGUGUUAAAUGCCAGUCUCCAGUUGUACUACUUAAACUCUUUUUGCAGCGACAACUUGUUCACUCAUGUGGAAACACAAAGUAAAGUGAAUGCAGUCCUCCUAAUACAUCUGCACCCCAAAAGGACUGUUUUUCACACUACAAGUCCCAUAGUGCUCUAGUGAAGUUCAAGUGAAGUAAGCCCUCAUUGGAGGGUACACACUACUUUGCUGACAUCAUCCUAGUCACUUUCCCGGCACCUGACAAUUUGCAGGGUUACUUGAUUCCAGAAAAAAAAAGUGCUGUAAAGGGCAAGUGUAGUUAGAAGGCCUCACAGCACACGUGGAUAUAGUGACGUUGUACAGUUCGAGAUGAUGUUUACAGACCGAUGAUUGGGCAGACUGACAUUGUACAGGACAUUAAAUUAACUGUUGUGGUCUCAUGUGACAAUGCAAAAGCAUACCAUUUAGAUUUUGCUUACCUAUCUAAUGGUACCUGUGUUACUGUGGUCAAAACUGCCAAACCUAUACCAGCCC